UGAACGAGUUUUCGGGAAAAAUGUGCAAAAGCGCCUUUCCGACUGUACGGUGGAAAUAAUUUGAACGCUGGGGAAGCCUCGAAAAUGAGAGCCCUUUUCCUUGUGGUUUCCUUCUUGUGGGUUUUCCCCGUUGCAUACCAGGCUUUGAAUAUCCCUCUUCCAAACGCUCUGCUGAUCCAUGGCGAGCCGGUCGGCUUCAACACAUCUUCCCGUAGAUGGAAAAGAGCAGAGAAGGACAACGUGACAGCAACCUGCAACGACCACGAGUACAAGCCAAGAAAACGCAACUACUGCUGUAACAAAUGCCUAGCAGGUUAUAAGGUGGCCGGUGACUGCAGCGGAGAUGGUCAGACCACGCAGUGCGUCCCCUGCGACAUUGGGACCUACACGGAAAUUCCAAACCGUUCAAAGGAUUGCUUGUCGUGCACCACUUGCCUGCAACAAUACGGUCAGAUCGCGCUGUCUAAUUGCACCGCGGACAAGAACACUCGAUGCGGGUGCCCGGCUGGUCACUUUAAGCAACUCAGUGGCAGGAGUUUCACAUGCGAGGAGUGCACCACAUGCGAGAAUGGGACCCAGCGUAUGGCGUGCCAUGACAACAUAGACACUAUCUGCGAAUGUUUUCAUAAUUUCUUCUUGGAUCAGUCUGAAAAAAGAUGUCGCCACUGUUCAGAGUGUCAAACACCCGAAUGUAAGGAUCACUGUCCGCAUCCUGUGCCAGUUGGAGGGUCUAAAGGAAGUGAUGGCGUUUUAUCAAUCGUUCUUGGUGUCCUCAUGGUGGUGCUCAUUGUGGGAGCAGUGGGAGCCUGUGUUGUGUAUGCCGUCUAUAUCAGAAAACAUCCUUCGUCCUCAGACACAAAAGAUGAAAAAGGACAGACUGCUGUCUUGAUUCACCAUCAAGAAAGCGAUAAGAAUCCGAAAAAUCAGGAGCUUCCAGGAUAUUCAACAACAUAUGACCUCUGUAAUGAGCAACAUUCUAAAAGCAAUUCAACGGAUGGAUUGCUUCCAUUACCGGAUAUCACAAAGGGAACUGCUCCUCCAUGCCUAAGCAACCCGAAAUUGGUGUACGCCAUAAUUGAAAACAUCCCGAUGUCUCGCUGGAGGGAGUUUGUCCGGCGCCUGGGCCUGAGCAACCAUACCAUCGAAUCCUGUGAGCAAGACUACAGACUACAUUACAAAGACGCUCAGUACGCAAUGCUCCAGGUCUGGAUCACACGGGAGGGCUGCCCCACCACCAAACGGGACCAGUUGUUCAACAUCCUACGAGAGAUUAGUUUAGGGGGGUGUAUAGAAAAAAUUGAGGAGUAUUUGUGACCUUCUUGGACAUUUUGUAUUGAAGGACUUCAAAAACCAUGGAAUUACUUUAUAUUAACAUAGUUCUGUUUAAUCUUCAUUUGUGCCUUGGCCCUACUGAACCUAUGAUGUCAUCUGCAAAGUUCUUUGGGAACAC